GUUUUGCAUUGGUCUCUUCUUUUCUGUUUACAUGUCGACGUGUUUUUCUAUUGCUUUUAUGGAUUCUAUUGUGAAGACAGCUGAAUGUGUGCAGCACUUUGAACCCAAGACAAAUUUCCCCGUGAGGACAAUAAAGAGCAUCAUAUCGUAUUCAAAACAGGCACUGCCAAAUCCAGCAUAUAGAGUGUCAUUGUGACCCUCGCUCUGACACUGUGGUUGGUAGGUUGAGCAAAUUCACCCGUGUGACAAGUGCUGAUUUCCAACCCUGUUUUAUACAGUUCUAGAUAUAAAUGUCUGUCCUAAAGGUCAUGGUUGCUGUUAAAUACUAACAUGUUAGUUUAAUGUUUAAAGUUUAAGACUCAAUGUCUUGUUAUUGGCAUUAUUCAGGGCAGAUCAGACGGACAAAUCAUGUUAGGAUCUAAACAAACUGCACUGAGGUGCUGCAUCAGGUACUUAGGCAGACAGGAAGGAAGAGAAAAUCAAAUUAAGGAUCACAUCAGGUUGUUUUACCUGCAUGAACAUCAUUUAUCGUCCUCUGAUCAACCUCGAGAUAAGAAGAUGAGUGAACCAAGACCCUCAGGUCCACAAAUGAGGAGAAGCAGUUUGUCAGCUCUGGAGUCCAACCCCUCCCAGCUGACAGAUCUGGACCUGACUGUCAAUAAGCUGCAGGAUUCAGAAGUGAAGCGGCUGUGUGAUUUUCUGCAGAGUUCAGACUGUAGACUGGAGAUUCUGAGAUUGAGUGGCUGCAGUUUGUCAGAGAUCAGCUGUUCUUCUCUGGCCUCAGCUCUGAAGUCCAACCCCUCCCAUCUGAAACAUCUGUACCUGGGUGGCAACAAGCUGCAGGAUUCAGGAGUGAAGCUGCUGUGUGAUUUUCUGCAGAGUCCAAACUGUAGACUGAAGACUCUGGGUUUGAAGAGCUGCAGUUUGUCAGAGAUCAGCUGUUCUUCUCUGGCCUCAGCUCUGAAGUCCAACCCCUCCCAUCUGAAACAUCUGUACCUGGGUGGCAACAAGUUGCAGGAUUCAGGAGUGAAGCUGCUGUGUGAGGGACUGCAGACUCCAAACUGUAGACUGGAGACUCUGAAAUUGAGGAAGUGCAGUUUGUCAGAGAUCAGCUGUUCUUCUCUGGCCUCAGCUCUGAAGUCCAACCCCUCCCAUCUGAUAGAUCUGGACCUGAGAAACAACGAGCUGCAGGAUUCAGAAGUGAAGCUGCUACGUGAUCUUCUGAAGAAUCCAGACUACACACUGGAGACUCUGCAGUGGAGGGGGUGAGUCUUUAAAGAGAGGAUCCUGCCGACCACAGAGCUGGAAGCAGCAGCUGGUGUGUUGGUGAGUCUUUAACUGGGGCGUGUUACUGGGAGACUGACGGACCAAUCACAGUGCAGAUGACUCUCAGUGCUGCAGUCUGAGCUGCUCUGAGAUCAGCUCCAUCGUCACACACAGGACCAUGACCUCGGACAUUUUUCUAUUCUCAUAUUCUGAAUUUAAACUGCUUCAUGACUCAAUGGCCAAAGAUGACAGUUUUUUCCAAUUGCUAAAACACAAUUUUGAAAACUAGGCUGGUUUUAUCAAAAUACUUAACACAAUUCACAAAACCACACACCCAAACUGCAAAAUACCUCAUAUAUCCUGCAAAAUGAAGCACUGCAACCAAAACUACAUAUAGCAUUAUCAAAAUCAAACUUUUGCACCAAAUGGCACACACUUCAUUCAUAUUACCAGAUUUUUGUCUAACUAAAUACACACUGUUGGGCAUAAUGAAAAGCACUCUCAUCUUUAGUAUGCUUUGCCAUAAUACUAACAUAGUUCGAAUUGUAGAAAAUUCUUCAGAUUGUUCACAUGCACAGAAAUAUUUGCAGAUACACACACAUGCUGUUGAAACCUUUAUUUUUUUAUUUUUCACCAAACAAGUCAGUGCAACAUAUACCAGUACAGUAAAACGGCUCAAGUUGGGCUGCACUCUCUGUCCAGCCUCUCACAUUGUCAGCCCAUGGUUGAUGACAUGAUCAACUAAGGUUGCUCUGAUUUCAUUUGAAAGUUGUUGUCUUCUUUGGCCAUGAACUCCUCUACCAGCUCUACCCCUACCCCUACCUCUCACUCUUCCUCCCCCUCUCAUUCUCACCCUCCCUCUUCCUCUUCCUCUUCCUCUCUCUGCAACGUCUUCCAUUGUUGUUGUAAAAAAAAAGAUGCUCACUUGUGGUCUUUUCAUAGUGCUUACUUCCUGAUUGAAGUGAUAACAAUUAACCAUUGAGGUGUUUGGCCAGGUGGCACAUACAUUGGCCAAUUAGCUCAUGUAGUGUCCUUUUGAAUGGCAGUGUUUUGAAAUGGCAAACAUGUGACUUUAUGUCAGAUUGUUGUGUCUUAUGCAGAGAACCGUGUUCAGUGCAUUUAAGAAGUGCCCAAUUAAAUUGCAAAAUGUGUGUAAAGCAGACAAUGUGUUUAGACUUUUGGAGACUUGAGAAGAGGUUUUGCUCUCUGGGUGUCAGUUUAAAUAAUUGUGCUAUGCAUGUCAUUUUAUUGUGUUAGCAAUUGGAAAAAACUGUAACUCUUUGAUUUGUAUAUAAAUGUUUCUGUUGCAGCGCCACCCUGUGGACAUGUGUAGUGGUGCAGGUUAUUCAUUGACUCAUAUUCACAGAUAACAGUAGAAGUUGAUUCCACCUGUUAAAGUUAAAGUCUGAAGUUCUGCUUUUAACCACGAGUCGUUGGUCGUCUGAUAAUAAAUCAGUCGUCUCUUUGUUGGAUCAAAACAAAGAGGAGGCUUCACUGAGUUUUUAAAAGAACUACAAACAGGAUGUCUGGAUCCAGGUGCAGAGUCAGCACCUGAAUAUUUGAUGUAAUAUGAGAUGAUAUAAAAAGAGCUGAAUAACAUGCAGACUCAAUCAUUGAUAUUCAUUCAUCAUGUCAGGGUAACAACGGACACGUUAUCAAACUAUCUUUAUUUUUAACUUCUGAUGUUUAUUACACUUUGAUGUUUUAACCUUCUGUUUUUAUUAUCUCAGGAUUUUAAAUAGAAAUAAAUUCAAUCUGUGGAGGGUUUUAUUUGAAUAAUAAUUCAUGUUUAGGUUCUGUUGCUGCUAUCACUGCUUUCUGCCAGCAGGUGUCACUGUUUCCACAGUUUUCUCCCAGACUGAUCGAUCUGAAGAGAUUAUUUCUGUGUCAGGAAACACAAAGAAAGAUAGAUGAUGCCAGCUCUUUUAUUUGUUCUUCUGUUUUUAUAUUUCAUGUUCAAGUUUAAUGUCUCUUUUUGUAAUCACUGCCCCCUAGUGGGGCUUCUGUUUAUUAAAUAUCACAGUCGGGUGUUUUGGAUUUUAUUAAGGCUGUACAUUAAUCUUCUUUGAAAUUAAAGUUUAUUUCACACAAA